AUGAUUAGCCAAGUCAAAACAUGGUCCUACCUCAUCCGCUUCAUCAGCGCAGAAGAUAAUAAAACUUACUUCGGCGACGCCAUCCUCCUCCCCGGAGCAACAGGCCUCCACGACAUCGACGAACUCCUCUCCCUCAAAGCACACAUCAUAACUGGAAACCCCCUCCAGCGGGGGUACACGAUCGCGGAGGCCUCCACCCUCGUCAAGAAACUCCUAGGCCCGCUGACCCGCGACCUGGUCCCGGAUAUCCGCUGUAUUGGAGGGAAUUAUGCUAGUCAUUUGCGAGAACUUGGGGUCCCAUUCCCCAAAAUACCGCCCAUGUUUCCAAAACUCACCAAUGCGCUGGCCGGACAUGGCGACGUGAUCGAGAUCCCCUCUAUCGCGCAGAACGACCAGGCAGAUUACGAGGGAGAGCUGGUGAUCGUGAUGGGGCGAGAUGCAAAGAAUGUGUCUGCCCGAGACGCCCUGGAUUAUGUACUGGGGUAUUCGAUUGCGAAUGACGUUUCUUCCCGAAAAUGGCAGAUGGACCCCGAAUUGGUGGGCACCCGUCCGCCCCCUCAGAUGAGUUUUUCCAAGAGUUUUGAUGGGUUUUGUCCUGUCGGCCCGUGUAUCGUGUCUACCAAGGUCAUCCCCGACCCACACGUUCUGGGAAUCUCCACCAAAGUAAACAAAGAGCUACGACAGGCGGGCUCCACCACCGACCUCAUCUUCAACGUAGCCCAGAUCGUCGAGUUCUGCAGCCAAGGCAGUACUAUCUUUGCGAACAGCAUCAUUCUCACGGGCACACCCGCAGGCGUGGGCAUGGCGAUGAACCCACCUCGGUGGCUGAAGCCAGGUGAUGAGGUGGAGGUUACAGUCGAGAAGAUUGGAACGCUACGUCACGGGAUUAAAUAUGCUUGA